AUGCUACUGGAGAGCGACGUCACCUGGAAGUCUAGUGUUGAGCAGAAGUUGAGGGUGCUGGAGGACGCCAUCCAAAAGCUGAAUGAAAAGUCGGCCAGCGUUGACAAAGAUUCCAUACCAGUCGUCAUGGCCCCUGAGACGACAAGCCAUACCCGGAAUAAUACUGAAAGGACCGGCCUUGUUACUCAACAGCACGAAUCGGGCUGGGAGGUGAUAAUGGACCUCAACAGGGGACCGGGUGUUAUCCCGGCCUCAGUUGUCUCGGAAAUCGCAGAAGCUAUACCAGGCACAUAUAUCGGUGCUACACGUGAAUUGGACCUAAUUGAUCGUGGCAUCAUUUCCCUCGCCGAUGCCGAGGGCUAUUUCACCUUUUACUAUGGACGACUCGACCAUUUUCUGUACAGAGUUCUUGCCGAACACGAUUCACUGUCGAGUGUUCGCAAGAGCUCUGCGUUGCUCACUGCGGCAAUCUGUGUUGUUGGUGCCCUUCACCAACCCUCCUUGCAGUACCAGGCAUGUUAUCAGCAUUUUGUUCACUUGGCUAGCUCUCGAAUGUUUUCAAAGAAGAACAGCCACGAUGAUGUUCGUGCACUUUGCAUCGGGGCCUUUUGGCUCAGUGACAUCUCCUGGAAUUUGUCAGGGACAGCUGUUCGAUUGGCAGGAGAACUUAACCUACAUCGUUGUAUUCCCAAGGCACCACACACCAAACGAGCCUGUUAUCUGCGAACCAGACUAUACUAUCUUGUGUACAUCUGCGACCACCAUUUCUCCAUCGCAUAUGGCAGGCCUCCUUUGACUCGAGAUUUUGGCUCCAUCACGCCACCGACCGAUUUCCUCAAAUCCGAAUUUGCCACGGGGGAUGAUGUGAGGUUAGUCAGCCAAAUCGAGAUAUGGACAAUCAGUACUCGAAUCUUCGACCGAUUCAGUCUCGAUCCUGAAGCUCAUCUUUCGGAACAGCUUAUCCCUCAACUUCGACGCCUGAGCAUUGAUCUCGAUACCUGGAGAGCAGAUUGGCCAGACAGAUUUGGUUUUAAUGAAACAACCGGCAGUCAUCCACGAAAGGAGGCUGGACUUCACUAUUAUUUCGCAAAGCUGUUCCUAUGCUCCCAUGUCUUCAGAAAGGCACCUAUAGCGGAAGGCCAGCCUCUGAACUUUGGUCCAGACCUGAAAGAAUUUGCUGAUAUGGCUGUCCACGCUUCUACAUCCAUCUUGCAAGCUAUCACCUCCGACCAGGAGAUUCAAUCUUUCCUUAGAGAACUUCCAGCAUACUUUGACACGAUGAUAGCAUUUGCAUUCGUCUUCCUCCUCAGGGUUACGGUGAAGAACCCUGCCAACAUAUGGAUGGACAAGGCUGACAUCUCUGACACGCUGGAUAAAUUGGCCGCUGUACUGGAAAAAAUGACGGAGAGCAUGCAUUCGCGCCAUCUGCUCACGAAUAUAGCCAAAAGUAUGCGGAAACUACUGGAUAGGUUUGGAUAUUCGCAAAAUCGACGUUAUGAUUCUGCAACACUCCCGUCGACUACUGGGGACGCAUCCAUAUUACCUGAUGUCAAUCAUCAGAACUGGGUCAGUCCUACGGACAUGAUGUUCCUUGAACAGUUCGACUUCCUCAAUUCUCCGGAUGCAGAUUUCAAUUUCGACCCCGACUUCUGGGCUACACCACAUCCUUGA